AAAGGUAGUGCCUUUAAUAUUUUUUAAAAGCAAUGUACAGGGCUAAAAGGGAUGGAAAUGUUUGUGCAUGGUAUAUGAUAUUUGUAUAUACGGGCUUUUGAGAUCAUUAGAGGUCUUGCUUGUACACGAGAUUAAGAUUUUUUAAAGGAUUUUUAGUAUUAAUUCAAAUGAUAAAGCAUCGAUUGAUCGAUCCUCGUCCUCGGUCAAUUGAUGCAAACAGAGAAAUGGCAAAAAAAUAAAAUAAAAUAAAAUAAAAUUCAGAACCAAAUAAGAAAACAAAAAAACCAUAUGAUUUUACUAUUCAGGUUUCACUGUUCAUUUGUUAUUAUAUUUAGAAUUAUGGCCGAGAAGGAACCUUCAAUAGUUGAUAUUUCUGUUUCAGUAAUUAAUUUAUGGGGCAUCUUUCCUGCGAAUAUAAAAAGAACAGCGCGCUCCAAAAUUAAAAACCUUCCUACCCUCUUUCAACAAUCUUUUCAAAUCUCCGUUGUGCAAGUAGAAGUAAAUAUAUAUCACGGAAUCACUGACAUUUCUGAUUGCUUCGAUUGUAGCAAAAGGAUGCGUCUCAUCUGAUCUACAAUUGUACCUUGCUCUCCAUGUCCGGCUUCUUUGCUAUGCUUUCUCAGCUCAGGCGAUCCGCAGGCAGUUGUUUUGUAUCAGACGAAAUGGGAAGAUGAAAAACGCCAGACUACCGACAAUCAGACCAUCAGUGUUAUCGUCACCCCAGAAUCACAAAUUUCCGGUUACACCAAACCAAACUUUCCCGCCAACACAAGAGACUCUCUCUCACCCAACUGCCGCCGCUCUCUCCUCUGCUCUGCAGCACUACAUCAACUCAGAUAACCCUUCCCAUGGCCAAAAGAUACAUUCCCAUAUUCUCAAAACUGGGUUCAGGCCCAGUACCAAUAUCUCCAUCAAACUCAUUAUAUUGUUCUUGAAAUGCCGUUGUCUGAAAUAUGCACGCCAGGCGUUUGAUGAAUUAUCUCAAAAAACUCUUUCUGCUUAUAAUUAUUUGAUUGGUGGGUACCUCAAACAUGGGCAGGUUGAAGAAUCACUUAGUUUGGUUCGUAGACUGGUUUUGUCUGGUGAAAAGCCUGAUGGGUUUACGUUUUCUAAGAUUUUAAAGGCGUCAACUUGUGGUUGUAAUGUGCCUUUGCCAAGUAGUUUAGGAAGACUGGUACAUGCCCAGAUACUGAAAUCUGAUAUUGAACCGGAUGAUGUUCUUUAUACGGCACUUGUUGACUCGUAUAUUAAGAAUGGGAAGGUUGGUUAUGCAAGGACUGUCUUUGAUAUGAUGUUGGAAAAGAAUGUGAUAUGCUCAACGUCCAUGAUUUCUGGGUACAUGAAUCAAGGCUCUGUUGAUGAUGCUGGAGAUAUAUUCAGGAGGACAGUGGAAAAAGAUGUCGUGGUAUAUAAUGCGAUGAUUGAAGGUUACAGCAAAUCAAUUAAAUAUGCUAGGAGAUCACUUGAGGUUUAUGUUGACAUGCAACGAUCAAACUUUCGGCCUAGUAUCUCUACAUUUGCUAGUCUGAUUGGGGCUUGCUCUGUGUUGACCACAUUUGAAAUUGGCCAACAAGUCCAAAGUCAACUUAUGAAGACUGAAUAUUUCACUGACAUUAGGCUGGGAAGUGCUCUGGUAGAUAUGUACUCUAAAUGUGGACGAAUAGAGGAUGCAAGAAGAGUUUUCGACCGCAUGCCUGAAAAGAAUGUAUUUUCAUGGACUUCCAUGAUUGAUGGAUAUGGGAAGAAUGGAUAUCCAGGUGAAGCACUUGAGCUCUUUAGCAAGAUGAAAAAGGAAUACCACAUUGAACCUAAUUAUGUUACAUUCCUUGGAGCUCUAUCAGCUUGUGGACAUGCUGGGCUUGUUGAGAAGGGCCAGGAAAUCUUUGAGAGUAUGGAGAGAGAUUACUCAAUGAAACCAAAAAUGGAGCAUUAUGCUUGCAUGGUUGAUCUCUUAGGUCGUGCAGGGAGUUUAAAGCAGGCAUGGGAGUUUGUAAUAGGGAUGCCCGAGAAGCCCAAUUCUGAUGUUUGGGCAGCUCUGCUUAGUUCUUGUAGGCUGCAUGGUGAUGUUGAGGUUGCAAGCAUAGCUGCCAAUGAACUUUUUAAGUUGAACGCUAAUGAUCGGCCUGGCGCAUAUGUUGCACUAUCCAAUACUUUGGCAGCUGCUGGGAAAUGGGACGGUGUAAGUGAACUUAGGGAGAUAAUGAAGGCAAAAGGGAUAUCCAAACAUACUGGCUGCAGUUGGGUUGAGUCUGAUAGUGCUUUAUUAUAAGUUUUCAUGUUGAGCCGAAGAUAUAAACCUAAACUGACAUUUUUUUAUGAGGGAGAUAAUUCAGAUUCACAUAAGCCAUC